GACAAUCCAUUAUGGGAAGUUCUCAGUCUAUUAUGUGUAGUUGUCGAACCAUUAUGUUAAGUUGAAAAUAUGGGGCUGCUUAACAGUUGGCAGAGAAGUCGUGCUACUUUAGCAGAAAAAUUUGCUCACCUUAAGCAUUAUUUCAUGGCGGUGCUUGGUGUGGUUGUGCACAUGGUCGCGUGGGCAUGGAGAUUUCUAUUGUUACGUCACUAUUACAAAAGUUUAAGCAAAGUCUCCUUUAAAGUUAGCAUGCCUUUAGCUGUGCUUACUGCUUACGGUCUCCAUGGAAUACAUGUACGUGGAGCAUCUGUAAGCAUUAAAUUGUGUGCUAAGCAUGAAUUUGGGCCCAGAUCAGCGGAGCAUGCCUAAUGCUACUUGCAGAUUGUGUGUGCCCUUUCAAAAUUUCAAACACCUUCAAAUGCUGCACACUGCCAAACACAGGCACAUGUACUGGGUACAAUCAGGUUGGGUGUGGCUCGUAGCUUGUAAUGGUCUAAGACUGGACAACUUGUGGUGGACUUCACUUCAUGGUUUGAAACUCAUCAGAGAUGCUGGUGAUCAUUAUGACUGCAAGGGAGCUACACAUAGGCAAAACCAUGGAGGAAGGGAAAGAACACAGAGGAACUGGGACACUGCAAACUUUGGCUUUGCCCAAAACAGGCAUUUCUCCUGUGGCUAUGGCUUUUUUUCCUAGGGCUAUGGCAAUCUUUGGCCUUGUCAGAAGCAGGCAUUGCCUCCUGUGGCUAUGGGUUUGCUUCUUACGGCAACUGCAAACUUUGGCAAUGCCAAAACAGACCAUUCUGCUACGUGACCGGCAGCAGCAGGAUUAUUGCGUCUGCUGCAAUGAGCUGGAGACAGACCUUGCCAAGGAUGACCCAGCUGUGAGUGCUAAAGCUGCAAGGUCUCAGGUUGAGGAACAUGAACAGAGUGCCUCAGCCGUGACUCAGAAUGGCCCAUCCACCAAGACAGUAGUCAGUGGCAACGGUCAGAGCUCUGGCAUCACUCCACCGGGCAAGCGCACCCGUCAGACAGUAUCGGCCCACCGGCAGUCGCACACCCACAAGUCUACAGGGGGAUCAGAGCACGCUCACUCGUAUCAAAACGAGACGCACAUAGGUAGGCCAGCCUGCCCCCUUCAUCUGAAGGAACACCACCACCACCACCUUUCCCCCGAGACGAUGCUAGAUUUACCGGCCGGUUCGCAGGACAUCGUGCCCGAGUCCAUGGCAGUCGUGAUGAGUAAGAUGUACUGGGCCACCCAUGAGCUGAAAGGCACUGCAUCCGUAGAAGGGAGUACGCAGCUCUGCUUGUUGGUUAAGGCCUGUGCCGAUGCCAUAACAUCGCUUAGGUACCUAGUACCUGGAGAACUAACUGACUGAACUUGAAACUUGUAUGAAGGCUGUACAUAUACAUUUACACAAGAAGCCAAAGCAGGCCAGAAUGGUAUCAAACUGCUCAAAUUGACACCUUGCUGUCCCUAGAUGCCUCCAUUCUGAACAAAAUGCAUGUAUGGGGUAUGCACCAUGCGCUUGAAAAAUAAGCACCAACAAAGAUGGUACUCAUUCAGGUUUCGUUGUCCUGUUUUAUGCUUUGUGUACUGCAUAGUCAUUUCAUUGUUACCUGAUAUAGACUGUGCUAUCCUAUAACUUGCUUGUUGGUGGUUUGGUAACUUACCCCCCCCUUGGUAGGCAGUAAACCAAGUUAUAAGUUCUAUGUUAGUUUGUGUGAGUUUUUGGCAAGAACCGAGUUCUUUCUAUGUCUUAUUCUUCAUAAAGAGCUCAGUACAAACAGACUGGAUUUAAAUGACCAAGGAUCAACACAUUCGUGCAUAUGGAUGAGGGUCUUUAACUACCCAGAAGGCAUUGAAUUUCCUUCACAAUAUGGUAUGACAGAGUUUAGGCAUCACCACCUUUUGACAAGGUUCUGCAUUGUGAGCACAAACAAACAGUGUUGUUGAUGUAAACGUGUUGACUGUUGUGAAAGAAUCGGUCAGCAUUGUUCAGUAGCAUUUGCGUUGAAAAGAUCAUCCUAACCCCUAAGAUGGGGGAAAAUGAAAACUGUAGAAUCAAAGGACAAUAAGAUUUGAAGUACGACAGCGUGCUUGAUUGCCAGAUACUUAUGACACUUAGGAUGCAUUGCAGUUCUGUUCAACAGCAUGAAAGGAGCUGUCAUUUUGAAAAAGAGGGAGUGCUUGCUUUGAAGCAUUAAUAGAAAAAUAUUUAAUGCAUCGUUACUUUCCAAAGGUAUGAUAAAAAUAAUUGUCACUUUGUAAUUGUACACAAGAAUAGAAACUUUCUUUUUUUAUAUUUGCAACUUUGGUUGCUGUUUGUUGUAUUGAAAAAGAUCCACAAGCUGCAAGUAAUUAGUCCAACAAAUAAAUGCAAUUCCCACCGAAGACGAGAUGACAGAAAUAUAUUCUGCACUCUCCGCAGUAGCUUGGUUUGUCUCCUAAUGCCCCAUCUACCAAAGCGAAGGGCCAAUCUAACCGGUCUUACUUUUCCUGCCUGUCAUAUAAACGUCAAACGUGGUGUAUAGGCAUGGGCGUUGCCUGAGCUUUUUGAGGGGGGAGCAUACCGCUCAUCAGCUUCCAACUGAAACCUUAUGAACAAAAAGGGCGGUCAGUUCUGAGUUAGUUUUAAGUAAAUUGACAGGUUUCAUCCCCUUUUCUCAUUUUCCUGCGUUUGUCUCUCUUUGUCUUUUUUCCCCGUUUUUUAUUGUUCCAUUUAUGUGUGUGUGUGUGGGGGGGUAAGCCCCUUUGUAGUGCCCAUGUACGUAAUUAGGUCUUAAUAUCCUCCAGAAGUCCGUUCACUUUGGACAUCACAGGUUAAGGGUCAAGGUCUUUAAGGCAAAGUCAAUAGAAAAAGUUUUCCCACCAUAACUCGUUUGCUUGACAUAUCAUCUUCAAACUUGUACCUGUAUGUAUGUGAGUUGGUUUAAGUGUCCUUUGGAAGCAUAUGGACGCCAUGGGUCAUAGGCUGAAGUCAGUUUAGUUGUAAAGUUUGUUUUUUUUUCCAAUUUGGAUCCUGCUGAUUUAUGAAUUCGAAUGUUGUGCUGUAGGAUUAAAAAUUAAAGUCAUCGGUUUAGACCUUGGUUUGGCGGGAA